GAGCAGGGAGCGGGGCUUUUGUCUGUUGGUCUCCCUGGACUAAAGAAAGGGAGAAUAGAAGAGCAAGACUGUUAAGAUCCUCAAAAUGGUUUACUACCUGGAACUCUUGGUCUGGGUCAGCCAAGAACCAUUUCCAUACAAGGCAAUGGAGGGAAGUCUUACUAAGGGGAGACUUCCUAUGCCAAAGGAAGUGAGCCGGAAGAAGACCAAUGAGACCAGUGCUGCCACCCUGACUCCACCGGGCAGCCACCAACUCUGCUUCCCAAACGCCAGUUACCUCCACUGUUUUUAAUUGUAACACCUCCAUUUGUAUUACAUAUGGUGUAUGGGGUUUUGAUGAGGUCUUGGUAUCAUAUAUGGGAUUUUUUUUUUUUCUGUGUAAAUCAUCAACUAUAAGAAGAAACUAUGGGACUCUAAGCCUUG